UGCUUCCUGUUGCUUUCUGGGAAACCGUUACACUGAAAACACUGCGCUGGUGUAACCUUAUAUCAGAGCUACAGAGUGAAGACACAAAGCACAGCUGAAGACGGGAUUCUGCUUCUGGUUGAUUUUAUACUCUGAAACUGAAAUGUCGACUGUCGGAGCCAUGAAUCCUUCAACGAUUGUCAUCCAGCUUCAACCACUGACACAAACAGCAACUGUGACUGGGACCAGUUCUUCUGUGCCUGUUCACAUACAGCAUGCAGCAGGAGUUUCACCUCUUCAAGAAAUUCAGGCCUUUCUAAAAGGCCAACCAAAAGCGCUUGGGACUGUCCAGAUAAUAAUUGGACUGCUGACUCUUAUGUUGGGAAUCGUCUCUACAGUUUAUGCAGACUCCAUCUUUGUCUUCAGUGGCGUUCCUUACUGGGGAUCUCUGAUGUACAUUACUGCAGGCUCGCUCUCCAUUGCUGCUGAAAGCAAAAUCAAUGCACCAUCUGGUUUAUGUCUGGUGAGAGCUUCCCUCGGGAUGAACAUUUUCAGUGCUAUAGCUACAGGCAUUGCCAUUAUUAUGCUUUCAGUGGAUUUGGCUGUAGGACCCAUCUACCGUUACUGUGGAGACGAUUAUUACUGUUAUAGUUAAAAGACUCUCUUCUCAGGAAUCAGAGGUGUGUUACUGCUGUUCGCCAUCCUUGAGUUCUUCAUCUCCAUCUCCCUGUCUGCGUUUGCCUGUAAAGUCACCUGCUGCUAUUAUCCUCAGAUUUCUGUGGUCAGCAACGCUUUAAUUCAACACCCUCCUGCAGAAAUCCCACAACCGUACUUUCAACACACUCCUACAGAAAUCCCACAACCGUACUUUCAACACCCUCCUGCAGAAAUCCCACAACCGUACUUUCAACACCCUCCCGCAGAAGAUCCCCCAGUGUACAGUGAAGGCAAAUAAAUGUGAAUCAACAUGAAAAAAGUGGGCAGAGUGGCAGUUCUGCUGCUUUAAAGGUUCUUGUUACAUUAUGCAUCUGGUGUGAAUAAAGUUUGCUAUUACCUAUGUGUAUUAAAAAAA